AGGUGUUUUUGUAGAGUCAGACGGAACAUGGCGGAGGCGGUCAACACAGGAGGCGACUGUGGCUCGGCUCCGCCUGACGUGACCGACUCGUUUCCCAGCGAGGAAUACGAGUGCAAAAUAUGCUACAACUACUUCGACUUGGAGCGUCACACUCCCAAACUGCUGGCCUGUUCCCACACCUUCUGCCAGGAGUGCCUCGAUGCUCUGCACUGCCGCGACGAUCGAAGAUGGAGAAUCGUUUGCCCCGUGUGUCGCCACCGAACUCCGGUUCUGGAAUACCGAAUUCACAACCUCCCCGACAACACCGCGCUGACCGAGGCGCUCCCGCUCGAAAAGCACGAGCGUGUGAACUCAGCAGACGCAGACGACCGCGCGGGUCCAUCAACCGCGUCUUUAGCAACCUCCCAAGAGAGCGAGGACAGCUGUCAGACUUGCAAACAGGUCGCGUUUACGACGGCCUGCGUGUGCGCCAUCUUCUCUUUCCUGUCCAUGGUGGUGUUGUUAUUUCUGGGCCUGAUCUUUGUACAUAACUUCAACAACACCACGUCGCCAGUCGGCCCCGUCUGUUUGUUUGCAGCCAGCGUCCUCGCCCUGCUCUCGCUCAUUCUCACUUGGUUGAUGUGCAUGUUGAAGUACCGACCUGAAACCGGAGCAGACAACUUCAGUUCCCUCAAUUCUCAUAUAACGUGAUGCAGGGUUAGGAUACAUGAACUUUGUCAGUAGUCUAUAAUAGAAGGGAAGUCAGUUUACUUAUUUCAGACAGUCAGCGCAGACACCCUAUAACAUCACAAUGACCUUUAUGUGACAAUAGAGCAUCUGUAGUUUUUGCUUUAGACUGGGCUCCAGUAUGUGACCAUCCACUUUGUGCAAUUUCUGAGAGCCUGUCACACAAAACUCCAGUCUUGAGGUCAGCCUUCCCAGUUUAGAGGGUUUUUCUCCCUUUCAGACAAAUAUGGAACUCUAUAUAGAGCUUUCUCGCAGAAUUAGUUUUUGACAUCUCACAGUAUGAAAAGCAGGGCUGUAAAUGAUUCAGUUAAACAUGGCUGUGUUGUGUUUAGCUGAUUCAGUUUUAGGGUCCUGUUAUUGUGCAUGCUGACUCACUGUCACACUGCCAAUGCCUUACUGGAACUCUAAACAGAACAUUGUUAAUGUUACUAGUUACACCUUUGUUUUUCCUACUAUCACAAGCCAAAAUGCCUGCUGUGAAAAAAAAAGGCUUACACUGACCUAAACUGAUGAAUGUUAUGUCAUGGCACAAACAAAACAUGUAUACUAUCUAGCUACUUUCACGGACUACUAAAUGCAGUCCCUAAAACAUUACAACUACAUCUACGGCAUAUACGAUAAAAGUAAAGUACUACAAAUUAAGUUUGGUUACAGUAUAUGUGAAGAAUACAGAAUACACCUUUUUUAUUACUCUUUAUUUAAAAACUGUUUGAAGGGAAUGCACUUUGGCCUCAAGUUCUUGUUUGAGUAAAGUACAGUGAUGUGUCAUGCUAUGACAAAUGCUUACACAGGAGGCCUAAAAUCACAAGAAGAGCACUUUAACUUGGCCUGCUAAUGGAGACAUUAGCAGCCACAGGCUGGAAUAAUAGGUAAAACAAUUUGUUACAGCAGUAUCCUCCCAUACUCUCCUCCCACAGUUCUCUGCUACACUGAUAUUAUCUAUAUGACAAAUUUCAUAAGGUGCUCAGAGGCUGCUGUGCAAGCAGGUGUGCACAUAUGCAUACGUGUCAAGCUGUUGGUAUGUAACUGAUUUGUUCUAAUCUUAUUGUGCCACUACCAUCUCUAACAACAUGGCCUAUUGUGCCACUGACAGGACCUGUUUACCCCAUAACCACCUCUGUGUUAUUACACUGACUCCCUGCGGUGGACCAAGUCAUCCCAGGCCAGUGACCCUGAGGGGACAUGAGCCUUCACAAGAUGAGAGAAAUAACUUUGGGGUAGGGGGCCCAAAAUAAGUGGUGUUGUAAAGUAGUGAGACAAUGGAAGUGCAGAUGACCUCCAAGGGGUCUUAAAUCAUCUGAUGGGCUUAAGUUUGCUUUCCUGAGUCAUAUAAACUGCAGGAACAUAUUAACACCACAAAUAAUUUGGUUCAUGCCCAGACCACUCUCAAAUGUGUUAGGUUACAGGGAAGCAUGCAAAUAGAAUAAUGUUUAAUUGAGGGUUUUUUUUGUUUUGUUUUGUGGAAUUGUUUAAUAAAUCCCCUCUCACUCAUCAUUUCAUAUGUUUGAGAAACAUACACUUGACAAUUUAUUAGAUGUCUCCAUUUGGUUGAGGUUUCUGCUACCUCCUAAUAACACAGCAGGCAUUUAUCUCUGCUUAGUGUUGUUUUAAGAGGCGACACUGGUCUCAGGAGUUAAACUCCAUCUCUUUCAGGCCCCUCAAAGGGACUCCUUCAUUUGGUCAUCCAGUCGGUGAGUAAUGCCACUUAAAUGCCACUGUGACAAAAGCCUGGGAAGAAAAAAAAAAAGGAGGGGUGGCAGGCUUCCACUGGGAGCCAUAGGCAACACUGUGUGUCUAGGGCAGAGAGCUUCAUUUCACAGGGACUGCAGGGCUUAAAGUUAAAGAUUACUUUGAAAUCUGCAUCCCCUGCCAUCAAACUCGCCCGCUAUAUCCCACCCUCCCUCCUCCCUCCAGCCGUCAAUCCCGAAAAAAUAAAAAGCUGUCGCCACAGAACAGGGGAUGAGUUGGGAGCAGAUCCUCUUUGAUGACAGAGAAGGAUCCUUUUGUUCCCUAAUCCCCACACAACCCCUUCCCCCCUUCUUCCCUAUAAGUCCAACUGGACACCAGGGGGCUUCAUAAUCAGCCAGGGGCUCAAAAGUUAUUAGUUUACCUGUUUUACUCUAAAGCAUUUGAAUGUAACAGUGACGUCUUACAAUAACAGCUUGAAAUAUGUACUAAUUCAGGUCUUGUCAUUGUUGUUAGAGCAGCAAAAUAUCAUUAAGUAAACACCCUAAUAAGUCACAUGACACUGGUCAGUGGUUGUCAUAGGUGGAUCUCAAGGGAACAGCCAUUAGCCAUUGUGCACACUGUCAAAAAAAAGGUGAGGAGGUCAUCCAGAAACAGACAGUUCCAGGAUACAUUUCCUCUCCUCCUGCAUCUUGCCUUUAAGUGUGUGCAAAGUGUGUCUCUGUGUCAUUAUCAGAUUGGACACACGUAUUUCACAGAGGAGAUGAAAGUGUUCCUUUUGCUCUCAACAUCUGCCCUCUGAUAGUUUGAGUCCUAUCAAGAUGACCUCAAAGACAUAGCCUGAGGAGAGCGAUUAUCACCACUCCAUACGCACUCUGGAUCGUCAUGUGAUAACAUGCUUGCGUGUGUGUGUGUUUGCGUGUGCGCUAGCAUGGAGGAAAAAGCAUGGAUUUGUGUAUGUGUGCAUGUAUUUGUCAGAAUAUGUCUGUAUGGACAUAUGGCCUAACAAGCAUGCAAACACUCCAAACAGGCAGCAAGAAGGGAUCAAUGUCUAGGGUCAAAGUAUCAAUCGAGGCUUACCUAACUACUUCACUUUCAUUGUGGAGCUCAAAGACGACUUUUCCUCUGUCCAGAACUCACACACAAACACUGUUGAUUUUUCUCUGUGCUUAAUGAAAAGGGUGAGAAAUGCACACUAACUCCCUCUGGUGUACAAAAGUGAUAAUGCAGCAAAGGAAAAGAAUGACAACACAAAAUGUGUGUGGUUUAAAUCAUGAUAAAAUUAUGACAAAUUAUUCAUUUUAUAUAAAAAUCAACUCAUAUUUUUUUAUACAGUGUUUGUUGCUGUUUUUAAAAUAUAGUUACCAGUUGUCACCCUUUUCAUUAAAAUGAACAGGUUCAGUUGUAAAGCAGCAGUCAAUGAUGGAUGAGUAAUGAUGGAUAAGGUAGUUUUAACACCAACUACCAUCCUCAGUCAUCACCCAUUUUUGGUAGCUGCUUUUUUUGUGUUAAUAAGUGCAUCGACAAUGCAGUCAUUGGUGCAUUCUGCCUAAUGAGAUCUUAUUUCAAAUGCCCGCCAGUUACUGUCAUGGGACCAGGCUAUAUUGAUUUUCAACACUAGCACUGUGACUAAUCGACAGAUUGUUGCAAGUGGCUCUAUCAGAGAUGACGCCUGUCAGAUGACUGUAGUGUAAGGAUCUGUUUUCUGUCAAUGUAUGUGUUUGAUUUUUUUCUGCUUUGAGGGGACUAAAUGGAGUCAUCGUCCUCUGCUGACACAUACAAAUGAGAGGGACCAACUACAGAAACAAAGAAAGAAACAAGGCCAGAAGGGACAAGCUGAGGGAGAAGUACAAAGAGCUACAGGCCAAGGCCAAAAAUAGCGGUGAGACAGACAGCUGGGAAGAAGGCACUUUUCACCGUAGUCUAACUCCAGACAUCGCCAGAAAAUUCACCCCCUGAAUGCUUUAUCAUCGUUAAAGAUGGGUUUGCCACAACUAUUUUAAUGAUACUGAAAUGUAUGAAAGCAUGACAAAGCAUCUUUACUCCCAUCAUCAUUAAUCACUAUAAUAUUCAGUACAAUUUUUACUUGUGUAUGUAAGUUACUGCAUACAUGGGGGGGUGGGGGUGAGAAAAUAUCAUCAUGUCAGGUAUCCCAAUAAGCCAGGACAGUGUGACAGUGAGUCAGCACGCACAAUACCAGGACCUUAAAACUGAAAACAACCUUUCAGUUCAUUUUUAUCAUUCACAUCUGUGCUUUUCCUACUGCGACAUGUCAAAACAACUUCUGCAAUGAAAGCCUAUGGAAACUUCCAAAUGUGCAAAAUGUGGCGAAAAGGUUUAAUCAGGGAGAUUAAAUUACCUAAAGACUGAUUUCUGUAGUCUGUUGUUCUGGGAUUUUAAGUACAAUAAACUUUCAUUUAACAUAUGUACAGAAAUGAGUUGUGUUUUUUGGGCACUCCUGGGUAAAUGACAUAUUUUUGAAGUGAUUAGAAAUGAAUAUAACCCCUGCAGCAAACAUAUGUUAAAAAAAGAAGCCUUUCUUUAAAUGCUAAUACAAUGGUACUUUUUGUUUCAUUAAAAACUUACUUUAAAAAAAACAGAAAAAAAUCCUAAGUAACUGUGGUAUGUGCAAAAGUUUGGGCAUGGGCACCCUGCUAAAUCAGUAAUCCUUCCCCCUUUGGCAGAUAUCACAGCUUGCAAAUGCUUUUUGUAGCCAGCUAAGAGUCUGUCUGUUCUUGAUUUAGGAAUUUUAACCCACUCUCCUCUGCAGAUCACUUCAUGUUCUAGGUUAUUUUUUGGCCGUCUUGUACGCACAACAUGUUUACGGUCUACCCAGAGAUUUCUCUUGAUGUUCCAGUCUGUGAAGACCAUUCCAAAACCUUCAGCUUGUGUUUCUUGAAAUAGUUCAUGGUGGAUUUUGAGGAAUGAUGGAUCAUUGUCCUGUUGUAGACCCUAUUCUUCCCUCUGUCUGUGCACUUCUGUGCCACUGGCUGCCACACAACCCCAAAGCAGAAUAUUUCUGGGUUGAGUGUUUCAACCCACAUGCUUCAGUUGGCAAAUACAGUGCACCAACAUUUGAGGAAAGGCUUAUUUUUAUGUCUGGUUGCUGCAGGACUAGGCUAGGUUUGUUUUGGUGAUUAAUUUCUCAAAUAACACUUCCAUACCAUAUUUCAUACAUUAGACGUGCAUAGGAGGAGAAUCCAUUGGUGACAGCACACAGAGUCUGCCCUACACAUACAGAAGAAUUACACAUUAUGUUACAUACAUUACGCGGGUAGCUACAUACUGUGUGGUUUCCGUUUUCGUUCCCCCCUCACAUUAGCUGUCUUUCUGUUUGUCUAGUUUACUCACUUGUACGCUGUCUCGCUUUCCCUCGGUAAAAAAAGUAGUUAAUUCUCAAUAACAUGGAUUUUUAAACGGACACGUGUUCUUCAAACCUGGUAGUGUUGGUCGAGUACUGGUUGACCCAUUUAAAUGAACCGGCGGCGCGGGUUCACCCCGCCUUAUUGUGUCGGAGACUGCUGGCCAACUGACAAU